UCUAUGUAUAAUUUAAUGCAAAUUGAAUUGCAGACGACUCUUUUUGAUGUUGUUGAAAAUGUAGGCUUUGUUAUUUAUCGUGAAAACGUCAUGUGUCAUUAGUCUUUAUUUUUGUUUGUCACGUGAGAAAGCUGAUAAACUCAAGUCCCCUAGUGGUCAUUAUUUCACCCGAUUUUAAUUAGUACAAAGGUAAUGUUAAAACCAAAGAAACGUCGAAAAAAUAUUCAGGCUCAGCCUUGAGUUUCGAGAAUUAUUGAAACUAUUCCGUCUAAUAGCAAAAGAAAUGAAUGCAGCAAUAGCUCUUUGCAGUUUCUGUGAAAUGCAUGGACCAAAAAUCAUAUUCACCACACAAACAUAUAAAAAUAAUGAUAAUCAAAAUGUGGAAAAACUUAAAUUUUACGGACCAAAGGAAAUUUUUACAAAAAAUUCAUCUCCUCAAUCUGAAGUGCAACAAGAUUGUGGAGGUUGUCAUAGUUUAGGUGACUUAAAAUAUUUGAGUAAUGAACACGAAACGAGAACAUCAUUUCUAUCGGCACAACAAUCAUUAUUGAUUGAUAUUGAUAAUUUAUUGAAACAUGCUUGUAUUAGGAGUUUAAGUUGCGAGGUACACCCAGGAAAGGAAGGUGUUUGUUAUUUUGGAGACGAUAAUCGAGGACAUGUUUUAAGUCACACAUUUACCCUGAAGGAUGCUCAAGCAAGAGGUUUUAGACGUUGGUGUAGUUUCAUUGUUUUUAUGCGUGAUAAACAAUUCCUGUUGAAUAUGUGGCCUUUUCUUGUCGAUAAUUUGAAGGAAGUGAUACGAGAAUUACAAGACUAUGCCGAGAGAAACUACAAUAUUGAAGAAGCCGAAUGUCCACAAAGAGCCGUUCGUCUUUCAAAUGCCAAUAAUGGAACCUCGUCACAAGCGAACGCGAAUAAAUAUCCUAGAACUCUCACUAAAAUUACAAACGAAAAACACGUUUAUGUCAGAAUUCAUAUGUGGCUAGUGUGGAUUCUGAGUGCUGGAGCAAGACAUUUUGUUGAAGUUUUACCAUUCAGUCUGCUCGACGAUAAAAUGAAUUUUAAUCUCAAAGAUAAUAUAGGAGGUCCUACUGGAUAUAUGUUAUUCAAUGCCAAGUUACCAGUGACUUUAAAUUUAGACUUAGACGUUCCUCAAAUUGAUGAAGUUACGAAUACGUGUCCAACGACAAUUUUACGUAACUUAAGGGAAGUUCUUGGAAGGGAACAAUUUAGGCAAAUUUUAUUCGCCGUACUCACUGGCGUACAAGUAUUAGUUCGAGGUCCAAAAUUGCCAACUCUCAAAUCUUUAUACAGUCUUUGCUCUCUUGUACCGAAAGCAUGUCGAAGAGUACAAAUACAAGCUGUUCAAUAUUUAGAUUCUAAUGUUUGCAAUUUCAUUGGUGUGGAUACUACAAUUGCGGUUCCAUUGCCUUGUUCUCAUGUAUGUCGACUUGAUAUAAUUCCUCCUGAGCAUAGGACGGAAAAUUCUCAAUCACACGUUAUCAGAUGGACAGGAGUGUUACCACCGAAACUACCGACACUUUUAAUUAAAAUGGAAAAGUCCAUUGAGAACGAAAAUCUCACGGACUCGGUUUUAAGAUCUCAUUUUGCAGCUUUACAAGAGGAAUGGGCAAAUAUUGCGAAAGUACUUCAUACAAUGAGAGGAAGAGGCUGUAGAGGAGAUCUUCCCGGAUUAAUGUUGAGCUUGGGCGCGGGACCACAAGAUCAAAAACUACUGGAUGUAUGGUCAAUGGGAUUACCUUCAAAUCCAGCAUAAUGCGCAAAAUUUUUUCUUUUUUGUAUAAAUGUAUAGUCUAUUCAGUUAAGGUUGUGUUUAUUAUAGCAAAUAUUAUUGAAAAAAUAAUUUUUUGCAGUAGCUUGAAUGAAUGAUUAUGAUAAGCACAAAAAAAAUUAAUGCUCUAAAAAUGUAGCUUAUAAGAAAUUAGCUUCUCAAUUUGUGAUUUUAAAAUCUAUUUUGAUAUGUAAUGUAAAUCUAGUUCCUUCUCAAAAAAAAGUAUCAAAUGAAAGUGAGAAACAAAAGUAUACGUAAAAAGCAAAAAUUAAAUUAAAAACAUGUGUAAUAUGGAAAAAUGGCUAAUAUUAGUUUGAAUUUUAAAUUAAUUCUUUAAGGAGAUAAUAUUUUCAAUUUUAAAAGAAUUUUUAAACAUAGAAAAUUUUUACUAGAAAGAAUGUUGGAAAUGUGGGAAAAAAUUGUUAAUAUGAAGAGUAUUCUAUUCUGUAAUUUAGUGUGUUCAAAACUUGUUAUAAGAAUUUGUUUCUACUUAGUAGA